AUGUCGAGCUCGUACCGAAGCAGGUGAGGUGUAGAUUUGAUUUAUGAAUGGACAGUGGGCCAUAAUAACAAAUUCGACGAAAUGUCAUGUACGUUUGUCUUUUUUGGCAAUCUCUUGUGGUGCGUUCUGUGUAGCUAAUUGUUCGUGUAUUAUAUGGUAGACUCCGAAGGCUAGGCUCACUUUAGCUAACUAGAUAGCUAACUAGAUAGCCCGUUGUCUCGAUGAAAUGGGAAGACAUCUGGUAGCAACAUCGAUGAAAAUGCUCGCUUCUCUGUACUGUACUACACUGCAGACAAUGUCCCCCCCCUAUUCUCUGCUUGAAUUAAAUAAUUGUUUCCUAUCUAGCUAGCUAUCUAUGUGGAUAGGAAACAUUUUGCUCAAGCAUAGGCACUCAAGCUGUCCACCGACACAACUAUCAUGUUUGUCUAUUUCAGUGACUGUAACUAUUAAUAGUUAGCAUUAAAACUCAAUACAUUUAAACUGAAGGAACCCUAAAUGGCCAUUUAAUUCGAGGCUUUCAAUUAACUAGGUAGUGGCUAACGUUAAACUGUUGAGGAAGGACUGGGCUAAGAGAAUGCAGAACUUGUGCUACCUAAUUCCUCAAAUGUAAUUAUGCAACUUAGGUUGCUAACAUACCCACAUUCUCCACUGAUGAAAUUAUCACAACUAACUGAGACCACUUUAGACUAGAGACAGUCAAACCUGUGUGUUGUAUUUGACUUAAUGUCAGCUAUUGAUAAUCCACAAGACAAGGAGAAAUACAGACUAGCCUACUCAAGAUGCAAUGGUGGUAUAUUGCAUUACAUUUGACCUAUACAAUGCACAUACUGACAGGACAUCCCUUUCAAUCCUUGUAAGACAGGGGCAGUUCAAAGCAGGACACACUCAUUUACCUGAUUUUAAUCUAUUUAGGGUCCUGCUAUUUGUGGCUAAAUAAAACUGUUCAUAUGCCUACUAUGGUAACCUAUUUUCUGUGAUGGCCGAAAUGUUGUUGUCAUGCUUAGGCUACUCAUUAUAAAGCUUCCCUUGCUUUUAGGCUACUAUUCACUCUUGCUUCUGGACUUAACUGUUCGAGGAAAAUAAUGGAUCCAACGUUAUGAAGGGAAAUCAAAUGUAGGGUUUAAUUGUGACAGCAAAGCACUUUUGCCUGGUGUUGAAGUUAAUGAUCUGAGGUCAGGACUGGUAUCUUGCGAGGGCUGUUGCUUGAUAAUAAACAAAUGAACAGUUUUCCCUUUUGAAUAGCUCUGAGCCAAGUAACUGCUGAUCGUCUGCAGUUUUAGAGGGAGCCAUGACAAACAGGAUGUAGCCGUCGAGGAAAGAGAUACAUUUCUAUUACAGGAGAAAGGCAUACUAGAUUGAAAUCAUAGCUUUUGCUUUAGUUCUGUUCAGUAGGUUAGAACAAAAUCAGAGUAUCACAGAUAUAGCUAGGCUAUGUAGAAUGGACACAACUCUCUGAUGUUGAAUAGCUGAAUAGCCAAUCCUGUCAGUUCUACACGCACCUCUUUCUAUAGCGUUAGCCUUAGAUCGGCAGUAUAAAAUGUUAUUUGUCACAUACACGUGUUUAGCAGAUGUUAUAGCGGGUGUAGCGAAAUGCUUGUGCUUGUAGUUCCGACAGUGCAGUAAUAUCUAACAAGUAAUAUCUAACAAUUUCACAACAUAUACCCAAUACACACAAAUCUAGUAAGGAAUGGAAUUUAAGAAUAUAUACAUAUAUUGGCUAGUAAUGACAGAGCGGCAUGGACUAAGAUACAGUAGAAUAUUAUAGAAUAGAGUAUAUACAUAUGAGAUGAGUAGUGCAAGAUAUGUAAACAUUAUUAGUGUUCCAUUUCUUAAAGUGGCCAGUGAUUUCAAUAGGCAGCAGCAGCUAGUGAUGGCUAUUUAACAGUCUGAUGGCCUUGAGAUAGAAGCUGUUUUUCAUUCUCUCGGUCCCAGCUUUGAUGCACCUGUACUGACCUCGCCUUCUGGAUGAUAGCGGGGUGAAUAGGCAGUGGCUCGAGUGGUUGAUGUCCUUGAUUAUCUUUUUGGCUUUCCUGUGACAUCGGGUGCUGUAGGUGUCUUGGAGGGUGGGUAGUUUGCCCCUGGUAAUAUAGUCUAAGAUCCACUGUAUAGCCUUUGAUGCUUUUGGGCUAAAUCACAACAAUCAAUCCACCCCAAUCUAUUUUGAAUUCCUCUGGGACAGGGUUUCCCAAACAUUUUUUAAUUUCUUGUACAAAUGAAGGAUCCAGGAAUUCAAGGUGGCCUUGAGUGAAGAGAAGCUAGACUUGAAGGCACUCCGGGAACUUUGCUUCAGUGGUAAGAAAAAACCUUGCUUUCAUCUCCAGAAUGUAAUUUUUUCAUGUGUUAUAUUACUUAGUUUGUUACUCUGUCUCCUUAUUUAACUUUAUCUUGUCCUGUAUUCAUCUUUAUUUUUUUCUCUCUGUCAUUCCUCCUUCUCUCCUCCAUCCCCACCCACCUAUCUCUCUCUCAGGUAUCCCAUUUGAAGGAGGCAUCCGUGCACUUUGCUGGAAAGUGAGUUGCUCCACCCAUUUUAAUAGACAGACAUCUACAGUAUGUAGCAUUAGCCUUUGUUUUAGUAUUAGUUUCAGCCUGUUUUUCUAAUCUUAUGUGUGAGGGAUUGGGAUUCUUAUUUCGGAUGACUUGCUUCCGUGUUUCCAGGUCCUGCUCAACUACCUGCCUCUGGACCAGACGAUAUGGGACUCCUUUCUCAAAAAGCAGAGGUAAAAACGUCUCCACCAGUUCUGGUGGACAUCAAUUAUUUAUCAAUAGGAGGAGAUUAAUUGAAAUGUUCAGAAUAAGAAAUGUGUGCACUUGCAGGACCGGUAUGAAUUAGGGCUGGCCGAUGUGGCCUAAAACUCAUAUAAUAUAUUUCCUUCUAACUUAUGGAAUAUUCACCAUAUAUAGUGCAUUCGGAAAGUAUUUACAUUUACAUUUUACAUUUUAGUCAUUUAGCAGACGCUCUUAUCCAGAGCGACUUACAGUUAGUGAGUGCAUACAUAAUUUUUUUAAAUACUGGCCCCCCGUGGGAAACAAAUCCACAACCCUGGCGUUGCAAACGCCAUGCUCUACCAACUGAGCUACAUCCCUGCCGGCCAUUCCCUCCCCUACCCUGGACGAAUUGUGCGCCGCCCCAUGGGUCUCCCGGUCGCGGCCGGCUACGACAGAGCCUGGAUUCGAACCAGGAUCUCUAGUGGCACAGCUAGCACUGCGAUGCAGUGCCUUAGACCACUGCGCCACUCAGGAGACGCAUUCAGACCCCUUCCCCUUUUCCACAUUUUGUUACGUUACAGCCUUAUUCUAAAAUGGAUUAAAUAAAUUAAAAUCCUCAUUAAUCUACACACAAUACCUCAUAAUGACAAAGCGAAAAGUUUUUGCCAAUAAAAAAAUAAAACCAGCAACUUUGUUGUUGUGAGUGGUAGGGGGAGGGGCUUGGGAGAAAGAGACAAAGCGAGAGGUUUCACUCUCCCAAAUAUCUGUCAAAAAUAAGCCCAAUGCCCUUAUUUUGAACCUUGUCGGUUGCCUUCCCGCCUUUGGAACAAUGACUCUCAUUGUUAGGGCGGAGACAUGAGCAUCUCCUGAGUGGCGCAGUGGUCUAAGGCACUGCAUCGCAGUGCUAACUGUGCCACUAGAGAUCCUGGUUCGAAUCCAGGCUCUGUCGCGACCGGGAGACUCAUGGGCGGCGCACAAUUGGCCCAGCGUCGUCCAGGGUAGGGGAGGGAAUGGCCGGCAGGGAUGUAGCUCAGUUGAUAGAGCAUGGCGUUUGCAACGCCAGGGUUGUGAGUUCGAUUCCCACGGGGGGCCAGUAUAAAAAAAUAAAAUAUAUAUAUAUAUUCACUAACUGUAAGUCGCUCUGGAUAAGAGCGUCUGCUAAAUGACUAAAAAUGUAAAUGUAAAAAAUGAUAUACUGUUCUCUGGUGUGAAUGGAAGGUGCACAGCACAGAAGGAGCGAACGAGACGAGACCAAAAAGACAACAUGAGAACAAGCGGACAUAAACGCUCAUAAAAACGAAAAAUACCAAAAAAAAUUAUAUAUAUAUCGCCCAGCCCUAGUUUGAAUGGUUAAAGUGAAAAUGAAACCAUCUAUAGAUGUAUUGACUUUUGAUCAGCCCUUUACAUUUACAUUUACGUCAUUUAGCAGAUGCUCUUAUCCAGAGCCUUUGAGGCCUUUUAUAUAGAGCAUGAAAACAUGAACUGAUCAAGACUUAGCCACUGUGUAUAUCCUUCCAUGUCAGCCUUUUAAUCAGUGACAGAAUGAUACCUUGGUAACUAACCAAUUCUUGGUCAAGUAUAUCCCCCCUGUCCCGCUGGAGUUUACUUUGGGAAUCUUUUCUUAGAUUUUACCAAGUGUUCCUAGACAAACAGCUGACUCAUAAUGGAACCUGGCCUAUUCAAAUAUCACACUAGAACACAACACACCCGGCUCAGGACAGCUAUAUCGGGUCGGCUCUGGACAGGGGAGACAGUGGUGGCGAUUCUGCUGCUUCUAUUGGCUCUCCUCACAUUAUUGAAAUCCUUCAAAUACUUUGACUGUUUGAUUGAGCGUGCCUGGAAUGCUUUGAAUGGCCCCUAGUCAAUUCAGAAUUGUCCAUGAUGAUGUCAUAUUGCUGAGUCUAGUCAAUUUCACCAAGUCCAAUUGUCGGUCAAAUGUAACUCCUGAAAUGAUACCAUUAGGAGUAGCUGACCUCCGAUGGUCCCUGACUCUUGCUUUAAUCCACAGGCGUAGAGAUACAAUAUAAUACUGUUCAAUACUGUUCUAAAAAUGUUGUUUUUAAUUAUGUGCCCACAGGGAGGGUUAUUCCCAGUUCCUGAAGGAGAUGAUCAUCCAGCCCGGCAUCGCUAAGGCCAACCUGGGCCUCUCCAGAGAGGACGUGACCAUGGAAGACCAUGUGAGUUCCUCCUCUCCUCUCCCUCCUUCGUUACCCCCCAAAAUAGACAAAUUUCCUACUCUGAUACACACCGCUGGGUUGUCUCGGCUAAUACACAGGAACUUUCACCGAAUUUUCCCAUACAUUCAUUUUCAUUCCCUCUUUCUAACUUUCUUUCACUCUCUCAGCCUCUCAACCCCAACCCAGAGAGCAAGUGGAACAAUUACUUCAGAGACAAUGAGGUGCUGCUGCAGAUUGAUAAAGAUGUCAGGUAGGUAGCUAGGCACUUCUUUAGCUGACUUUGAAGUGAAUAUCUCCUUGUAUUAUAAGUAACUCGUCCUCCAGAACAGGGGCGAACAUUAAUGAAUAGUCUAUUAAUGGAUUCCAGUAGCCUAUCAUGGAACACCAUCUCUAAAACGGCAGAAGAUCAGCAGCAGUGGCGCUCUCUCGUGGAUUUUCCACAAAGGAACAAAGGAUGAACUACUAAGUGCUAAUUAACUAAUGUAUUUCUGUAAUGGCAGGCGUCUGUACCCAGACAUGGCCUUCUUCCAGUGGCCCACAGACUACCCCUGCCAGCUGAUCCUGGACCCCCAGAAUGACUACGAGACCCUCAGGCGCCGCGUGGAACAGACCACCCUCAAGGCCCAGACUGUGGACCGCAACCGCAGCGGGGUCACCAAUGUGAGUCUGACCGUCAGAGAGAGAAAGUAUGUGUGUGUCUGUGUCAUUUGGCAGGUAGCCUAGCAGUUGAGCGUUGGGCCAGUAACCGAAAGGUCACUAGUUCGAAUCCCCGAGCCGACUAGGUGAAAAAUCUGUUGACGUGCCCUUGAGCAAGGCACUUUACCCUAAUUGUUCCGGGAAGUUGCUCUGGAUAAGAGCGUCAGCUAAAUGACUAAAAUGUCAAAUGUAAUGUGUGCGUUUGUUGUAUAUUUGUGAGAACAGACAUAUUGGUCUACAGAAAUGGUCCCCCUUGCUUCGAGAUGUCCACCAUCCUUCCUGUACCCAAGAAAGCGAAGGUAUCUGAACUAAAUGACGCUCGCCCCGUAGCACUCACUUCUGUCAUCAUGAAGUGCUUUGACAGGCUAGUUAACAACCAUAUCUCCUCCAUCUUACGUCACCCCCUAGACCCACUACAAUUUGCAUACCACCCCAGCAGAUCCACGGACAACGCAAUUGCACUGCACACUGCCCUAUCCCACCUGAACAAGGGGAAUACCUGUGUAAGAAUGCUGUUCAUCAACUACAGCUCAGCCUUCAACACCAUAGUGCCCUCCAAGCUCAUCACUAAACUCAGGGCCCUGGGUCUGAACCCCUCCCUGUGCAACUGGGUCCUGGACUUCCUGACGGGCCGACCCCAGGUGGUGAAGGUAGGCAACAACACCUCCACUACGCUGAUCCUCAAGACGUGGGCCCCACAGGGGUGCAUGCUCAGCGCCCUCCUGUACUCCCUGUUCACCCAUGACUGCGUGUCCACGCACGUCUCCAACUCAAUCAUCAAGUUUGCUGACGACACAACCGGGGUAGACCUGAUUACCAGCAACGACGAGACAUCCUACAGGGAAGAGGUGGAAAAUAACCUCCCUCAACGUCAACAAAACUAAGGAGCUGAUCCUGGACUACAAUAGACAGCAGAGAGAGCACGCCCCAGUUGAGAGGGUCAAAAGCUUCAAAUUCCUCGGCGUGCACAUCACUGAGGACCUGAAAUGGUCCCAUCACACUGACAGUGAAGAAAUUCGGCUUGGCCCCUACGACCCUCAGGAACUUCUACAAUUGCACAAUUGCCUGCCUAGGGGGGUAGUGGUUGUUUUUUGACUGGGCCUACCCCCCCCCCCUCACUCUCUCCUACCCCUUCUCCCCUCUCCACUCUUUCCCCUCUUUACCUUCCCGCUCUUCAGGUGAGCUCCCCGGGCAAGGCUCUCAACCUGUACCCUUCCAACGAGUACGAGGUGCUGCCCAAUGGCUGCGAGGCCCACUGGGAGGUGGUGGAGCGCAUCCUGUUCAUCUACGCUAAGCUCAACCCGGGCAUUGCCUACGUGCAGGGCAUGAACGAGGUGGUGGGACCCCUCUACUACACCUUCGCUACCGACCCCAACGACAAGUGGAAAGGUGGGUGCGGGGGGGGGGGUCGGUAGAUAGACUAGUAAAGUACUAUUCUGUUGUAUUAAUGCAAAUAUCAGCUCUACCAGCUGCUACUUCCCUCUGAUAGUCCCAUUUCACUAGUCUCUGCAUAAGAGUGCUAAUGUUCUGUGAUGGAAUGGGUGUUCUGUGAAGGAAUGGAUGUUCUGUGAUGAAAUGGAUCAAGCUAACUGAUUCAGCACUGCCACCUAGAGGACAAAUGAGGAAUGGCAAACCACCCUUCUUCCCUAUCUCAUCUAAUUUUCACAGAUUGUUAUUGCUUGACCUCCAUUUAGAAGUAUUUUAUUGUCUGUCAUAUAUAGACAGACAGACAAACACAAUUGACACUUGGUACGGCACGAUUGACUGAUUGAUUGACUGAUAUUUUGACUGACUGAUUUACUAAUUGACCGUCCAACCAACCAGAGCACGCCGAGGCAGACACCUUCUUCUGUUUCACCAACCUGAUGUCGGAGAACCGGGACAUGUUCAUCAAGAGUCUGGAUGACUCACAGUGCGGCAUCACCUACAAGAUGGAGAGUGUCUACUCCAUGCUCAAGGAGAAGGACAUGGAGCUCUACAUUAAACUGGUGAGCAAAGGACUCCUGGGCCCUGUCCCAAAGCCAUCCCUAGGCCCUUUCCCUGGGCCCUUGUUGACUCGUCUUCACGGCUCUGAAGGGAUACAAGUUCAUAGGGAUAUGGGGAGGAGUGGUAUAGGGGAGGGGAUAUGUUUCGUAAGGGGGGGAGUUACACAUUUGAUCUGUUUACCCAUUAAUUUUCCCCAUGCACCUCCAAACAAAGUGUUGGUUUUGGUUAGAUUAAUUCAUUUAGUGGGAUAAUGUUAUGUUGUUUGUAGUUAUGAUGGAGGCUAGUUCAAUCUUUCAACCUCUCCCUCCCUCCAUUCUCUUUAACAGCAGGAGCAGAACAUCAAGCCUCAGUACUUCACCUUCCGCUGGCUGACCCUGCUGCUGUCCCAGGAGUUCCUCCUACCUGACGUCAUCCGCAUCUGGGACACGCUCUUCUCCGACCAGGACCGCUUCGACUUCCUCAUCCUGGUCUGCUGCGCCAUGCUCGUGUGAGUUCCCUUCUGUCCUGCCUAGCCACGAACGCCCCUAACCCCAGAUUGACCCCAGCUCCAAUUCCCCAAGUCUGUUGAAAUGGACAUGGAGUUUGGAUUUUCUAAGAAUGCAAUGAAAUUCCUGAAUUUACUUGAAUUUGGAUGGAAUUGGAUAGGAUUUGGAUGGAAUUGGAUACUAGUAAGACGCUUGUCUGCAUUUUACCAUAUGUUAUGCGUUAUGUUUGUUAUUUCUGUUCUGAUUUGCAUGCCUGUCCUGUGUGGUUUCAGACUGAUUCGAGAUCAGUUGCUGGCGGGAGACUUCACGGUCAACAUGAGACUGCUGCAGGUAAGACCAUUUGAAAGGAUCUAUUCAAAUACAGUGGGGCCAAUGUAGGUCAUGUUUUGGGCAACUAAGGAGGUUUUACUUGACAUUUAACUGAUUGUCUCUGUUCUUCUUCAGGACUACCCCAUCUCAGAUGUCCACACCAUCCUGGCCAAGGCCAAGGAGCUUCAGGACGGCUCGUAG